CUCCCCCGCGCCUGCACCGCCUCCCUUCCUGCGGCGUGUGAAACCCGAGCGUUGGCGUGGGGAGCGCGGAAGGUGAUGGCGGGGCCUCCGGUGUCUCUCUCGGCACGGGACGUAGGGUCAUUUGCAUAUCUUACAGUUAAAGACAGAUUACCACAGAUCUUAACCAAAGCUAUUGAUACAUUGCAUCGACAUAAAAGUGAAUUUUUCGAGAAACAUGGAGAGAAAGGCCUGGAAGCUGAAAAGAAAGCAAUUUCUCUUCUUUCUAAAUUACGGAAUGAAUUGCAAACAGAUAAACCAAUUGUUCCUUUGGUUGAGAAGUUUGUUGAUACUGACCUAUGGAAUCAGUACCUAGAAUAUCAACAGACCCUUUUAAAUGAAAGUAAUGGAAAACCAAGGUGGUUUCUCUCACCGUGGUUGUUUGUCGAAUGCUACAUGUAUCGUAGAAUUCAUGAAGCAGUUAUCCAAAGUCCACCAAUCGAUGACUUUGAUAUAUUUAAAGAAUUAAAAGACCAAAAUUUCUUUGAGUCUCAGGAAUCUAUCAUUGCUUUAUGUACUCACCUGCAAGAGUUGAUGAAAACUAUUGAAGAACUAGAUGAAAAUCAGCUGAAGAAUGAGUUUUUUAAAGUUCUUCAGAGUUCUGGGAAGAUUCACCUCCCUAGUGAAGUCUUUCACCUACCAUCAGGAGUACAUGCCUGCCAUCUUCUUGGAUAUGUUGUAAUUGACAAACACUGGCUGUCCGAAACUUAUGAUCAUCUCUUGGAAGUCGCAGUUACUCCAGAGCAGUUAAACCACUAUCGGAAUGUGGUCGAGGCUGCCCGGAGUGAACUUGCAGCAACUCUGGUCAAAUUUGAAUCUGCUCAGUCUGAGCUUCGAGAACUGCGAUCCAAGAUGCUUUCCAAAGAAGUUUCCUGUCAAGAGUUGAAAGCUGAAAUGGAGAACUACAGAGAAAACAAUGCCAGAAAAUUGUCUCUCCUCACCUCUUUGAGAGACAGAGUUCAGGAGCUAGAAGAAGAAUCAGCGGCACUCUCCACUUCUAAAAUUAGAACUAAAAUCACAGCUCAGUCUGCAAUCAAGGAGAACCAGGAGUUAAAGAAGAAAGUUGUAGAACUGGACGAGAAAUCGCAAAAAGGUUUAAAGGAAAACGAGGAGAAUAAGGAUCAAGUCUCACAGAAUUGCAGGAAACGUGAGGAAUUUCUGGCUCAACUUCAUGACUGCCUAGAUCCAGGGAAGAAGAAUGAAAAGGCAUCAGAUGAAGAUUUAAUUCUAAAGCUUGGAGAGCUGUGCAAGGAAAACGCAUUCGUGAAAGGACAAAUUGUUACUCUUGAAGAGACUAAAAAUGUCCAUGAGAUGGAGGCAAAAGCUAGCAGAGAAACAAUCACGAGGCUGGCUUCAGAAGUAAACAGAGAGCAGCAAAAAGCUGCCUCCUGCGUUGAAGAGAAAGACAAGCUGAACCAGGACUUGCUCAGUGCCGUAGAGGCGAAAGAAGCUCUUGAAAGGGAAGUUAAGAUCCUCCAAGAAAGGCUGCUGGCUGGCCAGCGGGUCUGGGAUAUCUCAGAGCAGGAACUGAGCCUCUUGAAGAGAUGCUGUCUGGAGUUGGAGAAGAGUUUGAAGGCCAGUGUGGAUGCAGCCGCAGCCUCACAGAGCGAGUACUCCUCCUUUAGGGAGAAAAUUGCAGCCCUCCUGAGGAGCAGCUCGGGCACGCUUAGGCCCACGGAGGAUGCCAUUCUGGAGAGGAUUUGAGAAAUGGGCGGCCGGGAAGAGAGCGGGAAACGGAUGGUCUCCCAGCUUGAAGCCCAAAUAUCUGAGCUUGUUGAACAGUUGGGAAAUGAGUCUGGGUUUCACCAGAGAGCUCUGCAGAGAGCCCAGAAAGCGGAAAGCAAGUUGGAGACUCUUCAGGGUCAGCUGACAUACCUGGAGGGAGAGCUGGUCUCUGGAGACGUUUUGCGAGACAACUUGAAUUUCGAGAAGCAAAAGUAUCUUAAAUUUCUGGAUCAGCUUUCAGAGAAAAUGAAGUUGGACCAGAUGGCUGCUGAACUUGGCUUCGACAUGCGUCUGGAUGUAGUUUUAGCUCGCACGGGGCACCUGGUCCGCCUCGAGAGCAGUGCAGUCAUUGAAAACAAGACAAUUGCCUACAGUUUACAGAGAAAGCUAAAGACUCAGAAAGAAAGACUGGAGAGCAAAGAGCUGCACAUGAACCGCCUCCGGCAAAAAAUAGCCCAGCUGGAGGAGGAGAAGCAGGUGCAUUCGGCAUCGGCUGCGGAGAGGGACGAGGCCAAGGCCACCAUCAGGAAGUUGCAGAAGAAGGUGGAGAGGCUGCAGAAGGAGCUGAGUGUGUGUCGAGAAUUGAACACUGAGCUCAAAGCCAAACUGGCCGACACCAGUGAGCUUAAGAAUAAAACUUUGGAACAGACCAAAGCCGUUGAAGACCUAAAUAAAUCCAGAGACAAACUGGAAAAGAUGAAGGAGAAAGCUGAGAAAAAGCUACUGUCUGUCAAAUCAGAAUUGGAGACUACAGAGCAUGGGGCUAAGGAGAGUAAAGAGAGGGCCAGGAACAUGCUAGAAGUGGUAACCAGUGAAAGGAAGACAUUAAAACAAUCUCUGGAAGAAGCAGAAAAGAGAGAAAAUUAGCUGGUGGACUUCAGGGAGGUGGUUUCUCAGAUGCUGGGCUUGAACAUGACCAGUCUCACUCUUCCUGACUAUGAAAUCUUCAAAUGUCUUGAAAGACUGAUCCAUUCACACCAGCAUCACUUUGUCACCUGUGCCUGCCUCAAAGAUGUGACCACAAGGCAAGAUGGACACCCACAGGGCCACUUACUACUUCUUCAUUGAACACCAUAUCUCUUGAGGGAGGUGGAGAUGAGAGAUAGGACAGAGUUCUCAAUUUCACAAAUUCCACAAACCUUUGAAGUUUGAUCAGUGUGUGAAUAUCGUAUACUUUGAUGAUAGAGCAAGAAUCGAUCAUGGGCCAAAAAGGAUCUCAAAGGUGCCAGCCUUAGGUAAAUGUUUGGCACUAAAAACACCUAUUAUUUUAUUUGCUAGCACUUUGGGACCCAGAUGAAUUUCACUAGAUUGUGUAUCUAGAAUGGGAAAUGACGGUAGGGAAUUAACAAUUAUGGGGUUUCUAUUGUGAGUCAGGAGUUCUACUACCCAGUUUAAUUCUCAUAAUAACCAUGUGGAGAAACUUUACUGUUUUUACUUUACAGCCUCUCUGGGGCUUGAGAGGUGAUCUUGGUUACCUACCUAUGAUUGCAGUUAGUUAGUGACAGAACCAGAAUGAACACCAGGUCGGCUCAGUAGCAAAGACUGCACCUUCUCUGUUGUUUCACAGUCUUACUGUUUCUCCUGAAUUCCUGCGAUUCUGGUGGAAAUUGCCUUCAUCACAAAGCAAGGAAAACAUCUGUACAAUCAAGGAUUGAAGUCCAAAAGUGACUGAGAUUUAUGAGUGUAACCCACAUGAUUUCUUUAAAAAGCCAUACACCUAGUUAUGUGGAUGAAACAUACAUAGAUCUGAGGUCCUGUAAAAUGGUCCUCUUUUAAAUAAAUGUUGCUACCAGAUCGUAUUUGGUGGUAAUCAUUAAUGUUUGAACAGAGCCGAGCUCAGUACUUUAAAAAUGAAAGCUUUAACGUGAAAUACUGGUAAGAUGAAGAAAUCAUACACAGUUUAUUCACCAAUAUAUCAAAUAUCCUGACAGCAGGGAUACUUUUUCAGGAUCGAGAUUUUAUAGUGAAUUUCUAUCAUUUGCUGUCUUCCUUUUAAAUUUCUAUUUCACAAAUAUUUUUCAGGAAACCAUAUUCUUAACUUCCCAAGAAAAACCUGUUUCUCUUUUGGGUGAUUGUCUUAUUUCUAUUGAUGCCAUAAGAAAAAAAUUUUAUCGUCCCUUAAAAGAGCAUUAGUGUCUAAUUAAAGGAGAAGGAAAAAAUAGAUUACAUCCAAGCAUUAAGAGAAAAUGAAAACUCUAGACGAAAGGAGGUGAGUUUGACACAGUUUGGAUGACAGCUGACGUAGAGGGAGAGUGACCAAGGGUCUCCACUGGGGGAUGGGUCGUCUCUGCCUGGCUUUCUCUGUCGUGUGCAUUUUGCUACUGCACAGCCCUGACUUAGGACAUGAACGAGGUCUGCAACAGUAGGGGAGGUAGCCACGUAUUCUCCCAAGGGAAGGUCUGUGGUCUCUGGAGAUCCCUCCACAUGCUCCAAAGAUGCAGUGGCUGCUGCUCUGGACCCACGUUCACCUGGAGUGGAGAAGGCGACUUCGCUCUUCGGGUCUCUGGGGGAUAGAACUGCUGAGUGACUCUGCUCCGUCCAGGCCACAGAAAACCGUCGUUGAUGGGGUCGGGGUGGGCAGGCGGGCCCAGGGGUGGGGGAGAUUGUUUUUGUGCAUUCUCUCUGUUUUCAUUUUCCAAAUACAGUCUUUGAUGAACUUCAUUUAUUUUCUUUGUAAAUUUAUUUUUGACACUCUUCAAAGAUGCUUUUUAACAACAUCACUUUAAAAACAUACACUGUCAUAAUAUUAUUUUUCCAUUUUGACUUAUCAUUAAUUGUAUUUCCAGAUUCAUAUAAGAGAUUAAAAAUGGUCCAUACUAAAAAUGGUUAGUCCUGUACUUUCUCCUUAUUACACAAAAUUACAUUCCAUUUAUCUAAAUAUGCAUUUAUAUAAUAUUUCCAAAAUAUAACUCAAGCAUAGAUACAAUCAUCUUUAAUACAUAUAGAAAUAUUUAAAGUGUUUGAAUAUAAUCCUUAGGAAUUUCUGGUGGAAAGACUAUAUGGGAUAAGAAAAAUAAAUUCUGUCUAUGUAUGUAUGUCCAUAUGCGCAUUAACUAUUUGUCAUUUGGACAAAUUGAGAAUCCUUUAAUAAAGCCGUUUCCCUUCUUGUUGAAGUGCCAGUUGGUUGUAGGCUUUCCCUCUGUGGCCUUCAUUCCAGAGGUGACAGGCCAGCUUCACAUUUUUGUGUUAGAUUUUGUUCUUCUAUAAUAUCCAUGUAUAUUUCAUGUUGUCCAAU